CAAGUAGUUACAGUUUGGAUCAAACGCACGCAGGCGGCUCGGCUCUGCGGCGGAUUUCGCGACAGAUUUUGCGCGCGCGAUUUGUAUGUCAAAAUUGGAAAUCCAUUUAUCGAACGCCGACCAUAGAUAAAACAACAGAAAAAAGUAAUAAAAACAAAAAAAGUAUUGUUAAGAUAAACAAACAAGACUGAAUAAAUAAUAAUUUAAAGUGAGAUUUGACUGUGAUUAAAUAAUAAGCAACUGGGUACUUGACUGACGCUAUGGCUUUCGAUGCAAAGACAAAAGACAGAGAUGAAAAAACUUCAGAUGUAACACUUAAGGGAGGAAAUGACUUAGUCGCUACGAAGGAAAUGAAAAAUAAUUUUAUAAAGGGCAAAAUGGAAAAAGUGCAGCACGUUAAAGAAGAAACUCCAGAAGAUGAUUGGAGCGGUCUUAAUUUUUUCCAAAAAGCAAGACGAAUGAUGUCUUUGAUAACUGUUGAACCGAUAUUGGCUUGUUAUGUUAUGCCUUCUGUUCUGUCAGCACUCGCUACACAGAAUUUAUAUUUGGAAAAAGCGUGCAGAGUAAAUUUAGGUUUUGAGCACCACGUUUGUGAUGCUCUCACUAAAAGAGCAACGGCAAAUUACACCUUGGAAGAAGAAGCAGUUCAAACACUAGUAGCCUCAGUAGCUGGAUGGAAAACAGUUCUACAAUCGUUUCUGCCAUGUGGAAUAUUAAUAUUUUUAGGAGCGUAUAGUGACAGAGUGGGCCAGAGAAAGUUCUGUAUGUUGCUACCAAUUAUUGGAGAGUUUCUAACAAGCAUAGGUCUUAUUGUCAAUACUUACUUUUUCUACGAAUUGCCGGUAGAAGUAGCAGCGGUGACGGAAGCUAUAUUCCCAGCAUUAACCGGCGGAUGGUUUACUAUGUUUAUGGGUGUGUUUAGUUAUAUAGCUGAUGUGACAACUGAAGAACAGAGAACGUUACGGAUAGGCAUAGUGAACUUAUUUUACUCCUUAGGGGUGCCCGUCGGAGCCGCGCUCAGUGGAAUCUUAGUGCGGAAAAUAGGUUUAUAUGGUGUUUUUUCUUUGAGUGCUACAUUGUAUAUUCUGAGUUUCAUCUAUGGUUUCUACAGGAUAAAAGAAGUCAAGCGGACCGAUUUGGAUGUGAAACCAGCAAAGAACUGUUGGGAAUGGCUCAAAGAUUUCUUCGACACGAAAUACGUGAAGGAUACCAUGAUGGUCGCAUUCAAGCCUGGUCCUAAUAAUAGAAGACUUCGUGUUAUUAUGUUGGUCGUUGUACUAUGUGUAGUUAUCGGUCCUAUUUAUGGUGAAAUGUCAGUGAUGUACCUGUUUACAAGAUAUCGAUUUAACUGGAACGAGGUGGAUUUUAGCAUGUUCUCUACUUAUGCCAUGUGUACUUCAUUAGUCGGAACUCUCUUUUCGGUGGGAGUAUUCAGCCAUCUUUUGAAAUUUGAUGAUGCAAUCAUUGGAGUUAUAUCUUGCACCAGUAAGAUAUUGUCAGGUUUCAUGUAUGCUUUUGCAACGAAAACUUGGCAUAUUUACAUUGCACCCCUCAUUGAAAUAUUUAACGGAACAUCUUUCAUAGCUAUGAGGUCCAUGGUUUCAAAAUUGGUGGAGAAGGAUGAGUUGGGCAAAGUGAACUCUUUCUUCGGCUUGGCUGAAGCAAUGAUGCCUUUAGUAUAUGCGCCAAUGUACACCACAGUUUACACGGCGACAUUAAAAACUUUCCCGGGAGCAUUCUUCCUGUUAGGAGGCGGCCUUACCGUGCCCGCUGUACUUAUAUUUUUAUGGCUAUAUUUGGCUAACAAAAAGUACAUCGCAACAGAACAAGCCAAUGAUACUGAAAAAGAAAAUGCGAAAUUUGAAGAAAAAUCUAUGAAGAAUGGACUAGAAAAUAAAGCGUUUGAAAGCGAUGAGAAAGAAAAAAAUAAUAUUGACAGUGGCAAUAUAGCAGACACAGACAAUGUUGCCAGCCAAUCACAAAUAGAAAUAGGUUUUACUGAAAGUAUGCUAUGUACUAGUAAGUUGUAAAACUUGCUUAAAUAAAUACAGUAAACAAGGUAGAUGUAUAGUUUAGUGAAAUUGUGUACUUCUGUGAUAUAGUAUUUAUAUUUUAAGCGUAGCAAUAAAUACUUUAUACCCUAAGCGACCUGAUAACGUUGCUUUCUUUUGACACUUAAAUUAAAACUGAGUAUUCCGUCUCCUUGGUACAGUAAUUUUAUGGCCCUAAUUCGGUCCCAGUGGACAUAGAGAAAAAAAAAGUCGGUCUUAAAUUUGGAUAGCGGGCUCAAAUACUGAUCAGUAGUCAACUAAGUAAUGUCAGUAAAAAGCAUCGAGCAGUAAAAUACGUAAAACGCAUCAGGCCACAGAAGGGGAUAAAUUAAAUUAUUGAUUUAAUUAUUAAUUACAUUUGUUCUAGAAUGAUAGAAAAGAUUUUAUUUUCAUGACUUGAUGUUAAAAAAAAAACUCUUUUAUACUGAAUUUGAAUGCAACAAAAUUUUGCUUUUAAAUGUGGACAAUAAACGAAAUGUAAAUUGAUCCAGUAUUUGAAAAUAUCUUAAUUGGACACACAUAUACACACGUCCUUGUUUCAUAUCAUUUGGACAUGAAAUAUGACAUGCAAAAAAUUGUGAAUAUCAAUGGCUGUUGAUAUAUUACCUACUCUUUAGUCUUAAAUUACUAUGUGAUAAUUUAUUAUUAAUAAUAAUUAUACUUACUAGUACUUAAGCAACAUGUUAAUCAUAUAAAUCAAUCAGUAUUUCUCAUUCUAAGAAUAUAAAUUUAUUUAUCAUGUAUUGUUCUAAUAACAAUGUUUAGCAUAUACUGCUUCACUUUUUAUAUUAAAUAAAAUAUACGUGUAACUUAUUAAAAUCCAUUUCAAAUAUUUCUUUAGCAAUGAAGUUUUUUCAUAAAAUUCGA